GUAGUUACUUGGUAUCGGCUCAUACCAAAACAAAAUGCAGUAUCGACAGCACUAUCCCUGCUCGGGGCCUUCCUUGAAUUUGUCAGCCGUGCGUUGGAAGGAAGGAGGCGCGCUAAGAUUUCUCGUCGGCGGAUAAAAUCCCGUCAGCUCUGACGUCUCUCCCUUUAAGAUGCGCAGCAGCGAGUCGCUGGGAAACGGAGGCUGUGCGCUCGUCGGGUCCCAGCAGCGCUUAUUUCUUUGUCACAAUGAUGCCUUCUUUGAUCUGAUGGGACGGUGAACGGGCCGCUGGUCUAAUAUUCGGAAAUAUCGGGGAUCAAAGCUGAGGAUCUCUCUGAUUCCGGGCUGUGGCGGUCGUUCUGUGGUCCCGAUGGAGCUGAAAUAUCGCUCAGCUUCAAGGACACACUCUUCAUCAUAUUUUUUUGAGCGGCUGAAUGAUUUCUAUUGAAAACCCGGAUUGAGACACAAGCUCUGGUCAAGGCAAGCAAAAAGAAGAAAACGACUCGUUGUAAUAACCAGUAAAUAUGCGACGCGUGUCGUGGUUUGCUGCGAGAAUGUGAUCAGACGGGAAUAUCUGGUUUCUCGCUCUACUGCCUCCUAAAAAGAGUCGCUCAUGAUGCCCAGGGCUUUGCGGAGACUGGUCCAUUUGAUGCUGUUCUGCCCUUUAUCCAAAGGCCUGCAGAGUCGCCUUCCAGCUAUUAAAGUGAAGUACCUUCUGUUGGCAUGGCUGGGCAUCCUCGUCAUCAGCUGGAUCGUCUACAUGCAGUAUGCCUCCUACUCUGAGCUGUGCCGUGGGCAUGUUUGCCACAUGGUCAUCUGUGAUCAUUAUAGAAGAGGCAUAAUAUCAGGUUCAUCCUGCAAGGCGCUAUGUGACCAGAGAACGCUAACUCUGCAGCGCUGCAUGUCCACCUCCUCCACACAUCAGGUGUACAAUGGACUGUGGAAGGAGAAGCCUGUGGUAAUUAAAUGUGGCGUUGAAGAUCCGGUGAAAACUGACGGAGCGCCCGACUCCAUGCUGCGACAGGAGAUGAGCCUGUUUGACAAACCCACACGUGGAACCUCGAUGGAUGAAUUUAAAGAGAUGCUGCACAGUUUCCUUAAGGUUAACCUCGGUGAACAGUCAUCUUUGAGCACCUUGGUGGACAGGGUCAUCACACUUGCUGAUGUUAACCAAGAUGGCAAAGUGUCACUAGCAGAGGCCAAGUCCAUCUGGGCUCUUCUCCAGAUCAAUGAGUUCCUCCUGAUGGUGGCGCUGCAGGAAAAGGAGCACACCCCUAAACUGCUGGGCUUCUGUGGAGAUUUGUAUGUGACGGAGCGCGUAAGCCACAACUCACUCUACAGGCUCGAGGUGCCAAAUUCCCUGCAGUCUCUCAUCCCAGAGGCCUUGAGCUCCAGCCUGAACCACUGGCUCGCGCCAGCUUGGCCCCGCCGAGCUCGCAUCACCAUUGGCCUGCUGGAAUUUGUGGAAGAGGUCUUCCACGGCUCCUACGGGAGCUUCCUAAUAUGUGACGCCAAUCCUUACCACGUUGGCUACAAUUCAAAGUACGACUGCAAGAUGGCCAAUCUUCGCAGCGUGGCAUCAGAAGCUGUUGUGCGGGGAUUUUUGAAGGGACGCCGAUGUGAGACGAAUGGAGACUGCACGUAUGGGCGGGACUGCACGGCCACCUGCGAUCGGCUGGUGAAGCAGUGUAACACCGAGGUUGUGCAGCCUAAUCUCGCUAAAGUGUGCGUGCUGCUGCAGGACUAUCUGCUUUUCGGAGCACCUUCAGACCUGCGUGGGGAUCUGGAAAAACAGCUGCGCACCUGUGUGACACUCAGCGGUUUGGCAAGCCAAAUGGAGGUUCACCACUCACUAGUGCUCAACAACCUGAAGACGUUACUGUGGAAGAAGAUUUCAAACACUCAGUACUCCUGAAAAACGGAUGCUCUAGUAUAAAUGAAUUGUUACAUGAAGACGGGUGGUUUUUGGUUAUGACGCUUGCAGUAAAUGUUUUAGAGGGUCGUGUUUAAUCAUGUAUUUUCACUCUACACUGACUGUGAAUAACAGGAAACUGUGAACUACUGAAUAUACAAUGUGAAGCAGGCUUUAUUCCUACUAUAAUCCCCAUCAUGCUUUUGUGUUCCAAUGGGUCUGUUUGCACAUAAUAUUCUCAGGACACUGCCUGUAACGUUGUUUCUAAAAUUCUGGAUGUAAAUAAGACGUUUUUAAAAUAAAUGAAGCAACAUGUUGGAUUAUU